AUGCAUUUUCGUCACAGCAAAAUAAUUAUCUUUGUUGACACUGACAAAUCGACAACCGUUUUUUUUGAUUUUUUUUUAACACAUUAUUACAUGGUUGACAUUUACACCCGGGGUGAAAGUUUUUGUCUCUUCUUCAUUUCUUCCUUUCUGUUUUCAAUUAUUUCUUUGGCUCUUUCUUUCUUUUUUCAUUCUACCGCUUUCUUUCUUUUUUCUUUUCUUGCCUUCUUUUUUCUUUUAUUAGCUCUUUCUUUCUUCAGAUAUUUUCAGGGUUUUUUUCCGCUUUCAAUUUGUUCUUUGGUUCUUUCCUUUUUUAUUGCUUUAUUUUUGGCUCUUUUUUCACUUCUCUCUUUCACACUUUAUUUCUUACACACUUGCUUUUUCCCUUGCUCUUUCUUCAUGUCUUUCGCUCGUUCUUUCUUCAGCAUAUUCUUUCUUUCUUUGACAGAUUUCCCACUCUUGUGCUUUCAGAUCCUACUUUUCUCUUCUCCUUUGACUUUUUGUUGGGUACAUUCUUUUGGGGGCUCUUUGUUUCUUUUUUGUGCUUUUUAUUCAGCAAUUUCAUCAAUUUAUUUUUCAAAUAUCUUCCUACCUUCCCUCUUUUUAACUGUGCUACUUUCUUUUCUCUUUCGAUAUAUUUUCUUGUACUCUUUGCUGCAUCAAUUUAUUCAACCACGUAACGAUUCUUCCCCUCUCUCUAUAUCCUUUCUUUUGCUUACAUUCUCACUGUUUUACCAUUCUAUUCAUUCCACCUCUCUAUGA